UCAAUCACGGAACACGGGGUCUUAAUGUGUAAGUCACUAACACAAAAUAAUAAAAUCAGUGUGAAUAAAUCUUGAAAGUUUUUAAGGUGGAAAAACAUGAUUUUGUGAUUGUUCCAAAAUUUGUGAGGUCAAGACUCAAGUGGCAAAAUGGCAACAACGUGGACACCGCCGGAUAUAAGUGAAGUUUGCUACGAACAGCGUGCUCCUUUGACGCAAUGCUCGUCUAUGGGUUUUAUGUUUUUAGCCCUAGUUACGCGACUUUUUGGUGGUGUCUCAUACAGUGUGCCAUACCCUAAGAAAAAUCCAUAUGACAUUUAUAAUGGUGGACUUAUAAGUCCAGAGUUAUACGCAAUUUCAGAAAACUUAGGAUCUAACCAUGAUUAUCCAGUUAGCACGUCUAAUUUUAACUUUGGUAUUGGACCUCAUGAUCACCACCAUCACACUCAUCAUACUCAUCCUCGAGGAAAAAACGGCUACCAAUAUGAUUUUGUAAGCUAUCAUCCACCGCCACCAUUUUCCAGUAAUUUUGAAUCUGGCCUAUCGAAAUUUGAUACUCGCCGACCUAAUGUUAAUUUUGACUUCCUUGAUAAAAAUUUCGGAGAUUUGGGUUUACAAGAAUCCAAGGCUGUGCCAACUACAGUAGAGAAAAAGGACAAAAAAGAUGAAAAAUCAAGACGGAAGCGGGAAAUUGAAGAAUAUGACUUCAUCAUAGUUGGUGCUGGAUCAGCUGGUUGCGUUGUUGCCAACCGAUUAACAGAAGUUAAGAAAUGGAAGAUACUUCUGAUAGAAGCUGGUCCUGAGCAACCAGAUGUAACUAUGGUACCGUCGUUUGCACCAACACUUAAGGGCUCUAACAUCGAUUGGAACUUUAGAACUCAACCAGAGGAACUGACGUGUAGAUCUUCAAGAGGUCGAAGUUGUUCAUGGACAAGUGGUAGAACAAUGGGAGGUUCCAGUUCUGUCAACUACUUGGUAUAUAAUCGAGGAAAUCGUCUUGAUUACGAUACCUGGGCAGGCUUAGGCAACCACGGCUGGAGUUAUAGUGAGGUGCUGCCAUAUUUUAAAAAGUCUGAAAAUAACAGAGACGUUGAAUCUGAUGACAAAUAUUACCAUGCAGUCGGUGGACCACUUAACGUGGAAAGAUUUCCCUAUACUGAUAUAAACACUGUUAUGCUAGUAGAAGCUUUCAAAGAAAAAGGAUUACCCUUCAAUGAUUUAACAGCAGCAGAUAAUUUCGGAACAGGUAUCUCCUUAUCUACCUCUAAAGAUGGCCGAAGAUGGUCCGCAAAUGUUGCUUUUAUUAAACCUAUUCGUGAAAAACGUCCAAAUUUAGAUAUAUUAACAGAUGCUCUUGUUACUAAAAUAAUCAUAGAUCCACAAACAAAAGUAGCUCACGGAAUAACUUAUAUGAAAAAUGGAAAUAUUUACAGUGCAUACGCUCGAAAAGAAGUUAUAAUUAGCAGCGGUACUAUAAAUUCUCCAAAGCUUCUUAUGCUUUCUGGUAUUGGCACUAAAGAACAUUUAGAGAGCCUAGACAUUCCAGUUUUAGCAGAUUUACAUGUAGGUCAAAAUUUACAAGAUCAUGUAACUACAGAUGCCCUUAUUAUAUCCCUUUCAAAUAAAACAUCUACAGCCGUGAAUGAACAUGAACUGUUAGAUGAAGUUCAAAAAUAUAGAAUACAAGAGCCUAAAAAGUCUGGACCACUAGCAACUACAAGCACUCUAAAUAGUAUAGCAUUUAUUAAAACUCAGUAUGCCUAUGAACCCGCACCAGAUAUUCAAUUCCAUUUCGAUGGAAGAAAUGUUAGAGAUUUUUAUUCAGAUCCUACAAAUUAUGUAGCUUCAAAUAUCUUUCCUUUAUCAUUUUACAAUGGUAUUGCAGUGAGACCAUUAUUACUUGUACCUAAAAGUAGAGGAUUCAUUUUAUUGAAUCAUACUGAUCCAAUUUUCAGUCAACCUUUGAUAUUUCCUAGGUUUUUUACAAACAAAAUAGAUUUAGAUACAUUGGUCGAAGGAAUGCGAUACGUUGUAAGCUUAGAAGAAACAGAAGUAUUUAAGCACAAUGGUGCUAGUUUUGUUAAAGAGCCAGUAAUAGGAUGUUCAGAAUAUCUCUGGGGAACGUACGAUUAUUUCGCUUGCUUGCUUAUUGAAUAUACCAGCACCAUAUAUCACCCUGUGGGUACCUGUAAGAUGGGGCCAGCGUGGGACAAAGAAGCUGUCGUUGAUCCUAGAUUACGAGUGUAUGGAAUCAAAAAUCUUAGAGUGAUAGAUGCAUCUAUUAUGCCUAAAACUGUUAGAGGAAACACAAAUGCACCAACGAUCAUGAUUGCUGAAAAAGCAUCAGAUAUGAUAAAAGAGGAUUGGUUAUCACACAAAUAUCAUUAAUUUAAUUUAUAUUACCAGUUUGUACAAAAAAAUAAUUAUAAACUUAGUCUAUAAUAAUAAUUGCCAUUAAACCUGUUACCAUGAGUAUCAUGAUACCUUAUUAAUUAAAAUUAUUCCUCAUUGUAUUUAUUAACCAUACAAAUAAUCUCUUUGAUGUAGUUAAUGAACUAAAUCAAAAAGAUUUUUCUAUAACAAUUGAUUCAGAUUUAAUUUUAGUAAAUAAUGUUUAAGAAAAUUAAUUGCUAUUUAUUUUUAAUUAGAAACUGUAAUAAAUUCU